AUGGAUGCAGCAGCGGCAGUACAACCGGAGCAAAGCAAAACGAUUGAGAGUAAAAACUACGAAUUGUUACAGCAGUUGGUCCAAUUACUUGUGCUGAAAAUACAAGCAGACGAAACCAGGCAGACAGACUCUAAAAUUGCGGCAGAGAGUUUUGAGAAAAUUAUACCCGACUUUGAUAGAGAAAACAUGCCAGUAAAGCAUUGGUUCGCUAAUUUCGAACUAAAUACUGAUGCGUACGGGUUAAACGAAAAGCAAAAGUACGUGCAAGCCAGGGCAAAGAUGACAAAAACUGCAAAGCUAUUUCUCGAAUCAGCGGCUGUUUACUAAUAUGGUGCCAUGCGGGUAAUGUUGGAAGACGAAUUUGAUAAAUCUAAGGUGUGCAGUGCGGAUGUUCAUGCAGAGCUGCGAGAGCGAAAGAAGCGUAGGCACGAAAGUUUCCACGAGUACGUGCUACAGAUGAAGAGGGUGGCUGCACGUAGUAACAUAGACACGCAGUCUGUAAUUCGUUAUAUCGUUGGUGGAUUGCAAUUAAAAGACGAAUUCAAAUACAAUCUUUGUAGCUGCAAGUCAUAUAAGGAGCUGCAAGAUCAGUACGAGGUCUACGAGAGAAUUGUUUUGCGAGAAAAAGUUAACAAAGUAGACAAGGGGUCGAUGGAAUUAAACGAGAAGCGUAGUCACAAUUCGAACGAGAAAAAAAUGCAUUGCUUUAACUGUGGGGCUACCGAUCAUUUGCGGAAAAAUUGCCAAGCAGAUACGAAGUGUUUCCAUUGCAAUAAGAGCGGUCAUAUGUCGAAACACUGUCCAACUGUAGCAGCGUCAGUAAAUUUCGUGCAAAACGCGAAACGCUGCAAAAGCGUAAAGAUAAACAACGUUAAAGUAACCUGCUUGGUGGACACAGGCGCAGAUAUAACGAUUCUGAAAAAGAAUAUUUUCGACAGAAUGGGUAACUGUAGUCUGCAAAAAUGUGUUGCACAGCUGCGUGGUUUCGGCAAUAAGAUUACACGUCCGAUUGGUUAUUUCGUUGCCCAGGUUGUGGUUGACGAUAUACAGACGCUACAAAAUUUCGUUGUAGUUUCGGACAGAGAUAUUGUAUAUGAUGCGCUACUGGGUUAUGAUUUUAUUUCGAAGUUCAACUUAACGACAACAGCGGAGGGGUACACGUUUUCUCCUCUAAGCGAGGAGGAAACUGAUGAGGACUUUAAGCGGAUAAGUAUUUACAAUGUAGCUGAAACAAAUUCUUAUGUAGAUGUUCCCCCGCAGUAUGAAGCUGAAGUUCGCGCCAUGAUCAGUAACUAUAAGCCUGCCAAUUCAGUUACAGAGUGUCCAGUUACUUGUAUAUGGACGACAUUAUUACUCAUGCGGAAACAGCUGAAGAGUCUCUUCGGAAAACUAAUGGAAGUUGAAGCAAUUCAAAAGUUGAAAAAUUGUCUGACUAAAGAGCCGGUGUUGAGGCUGUACAGCAGAAAUGCAAAGACGGAGGUACACACAGACGCAUCGAAAGACGGUUUCGGGGCAACACUGCUGCAGUGGUUCAGUGGCCAGCUUUACCCAGUGUACUUCUGGAGUAAGGAGUCGACGGAAGCAGAGGCGCGACAGCAUAGCUACGCACUGGAAGCAAAGGCGGUAUACCUUGCCUUUAAGAAGUUAGGCCACUACCUGUUAGGCAUAUCGUUUAAGCUGGUGACGGAUUGCGCGGCAUUUAAGCAAACGUUGAGUAAAAAAGAUGUACCACGUGAAGUGGCUUCGUGGGUCGUUUAUUUGCAAGACUUCGACUUUGUGGUAGAACAUAGAUCGGGGGAAAGGCUAAAGCACGUCGAUUGCCUUAGUCGCUAUCCUCAGCAGGUUAUGUUAGUAGCAUCAGAGUUAGCGACGCGUAUAAAAAAAGCACAACAAGGCGAUACAUUAAUCAAAGCAAUCGCGGAGAUACUUGCCAGUCGGUCAUAUGACACUUUUAAGAUGAAAGGCGGUUUGGUCUACAAGACAGUAGAAGGUAACGAUCUUCUGGUGAUUCCUAAGCUGAUGGAAAAAGAACUUAUUGUUGACGCUCACAAUUCUGGGCAUUUUGCAGUGCAAAAGACGAUGCAUGCUAUACAGCAAAAUUACCGGAUACCGUAUCUGGAGCAAAAAGUUGCCCAGGUUAUCAAUAACUGCGUAAAAUGUAUAAUUUACAACAAGAAACUUGGCAAAAAAGAAGGAUAUCUGCAUGCCAUCGAAAAAGGAGACCAACCAUUGCACACGUUGCAUAUUGACCAUCUGGGGCCAAUGGACGCUACCUCGAAGCAGUAUAGGUAUAUCUUGGCAAUAGUCGACGCAUUUACGAAAUUUGUGUGGCUUUACCCCACAAAAAGUACCGGUAGCGAAGAAGCGACUCAAAAGUUGGAGUUGUGGUCGGCAGUGUUCGGUAGUCCAGCACGCAUCAUUACCGAUAGAGGUGCCGCGUUUACCGCAAACAUGUUUUCAGAGCACGCAAAAGACAGAGGCAUUCAACACAUCUGGGGAACUGCUGGAGCACGCGGAAACGGUCAAAUCGAGAGAGUCAAUCGAUCGGUUCUGUCGAUUGUUGCAAAGCUGUCGUCGGAGGAACCAGCGAAAUGGUUCAAGUGGGUACCAAAAGUGCAGCAAGCUAUUAAUUCGCAUAUUCAUGUUUCUACGAAGCGAUCGCCGUUUGAACUGAUGUUCGGUGUUAAAAUGAACAACGAAUGCAGCGACCAUAUACGACAGUUACUGGAGCAGGAGCUUUAUGACACUUUUGACGAAGAACGACGCAAGGUACGGCAAGAGGCAAGAGUUGAAAUUGAGAGAGCGCAGCGCGAAUAUAAGAAACAGUUUGAUAUAAAACGAAAGAAAGAGUAUGGGUACAAGGUCGGCGACCUCGUAGCAAUACGACGCACGCAGUUUGUAGCUGGAAGAAAGUUAGCCAGCAAAUUCCUGGGCCCAUACGAAAUAACAGAGGUUAAGCGAAAUGGUCGGGUCAACGUUAGGAAGGCUGCAGACGUAGAAGGGCCUAGUAACACGUCCACGAGUUGCGACAACAUGAAGCUGUGGAAGUAUACGGUCAACAACGACAAGCUUUUGUCAUCUGAGGCAGAUGACUAAUCAGGGUGGCCGAAUGUAACAGCGGCACGGUGGCAGCACGCAUAUAGAUAGCUAGUGGCAGCACAAAUAUAGAAACACUCAGCACGAAUACAAAAACGCUCACAAAGAAAGACAGACAUCAAAAGUGUGAGUGAAAAGCAGUCGGGAAUCAGCAGCAGAACACAUCAACUGUCUUCAGCAGUGA